CUUUUCUAGAUGACUCUAUCAACAGCAUAUUAUAUUUUGUAGCGGUACGGUUCUUAUUUCAUAAAAUAUCCUUUUCUUGUCCAGUUCUUAGACUUGCUUGCAUUAGUAAUAGAGGUCAAUUUGGUUAUCCGCGACUAUUACCAACAAACUUACCAACAAAAGUUGUCAUCAAAAAGUUGUAUGACGAGGGCUUCCGACGGACCCGCUGAAAAAGCCGAAGUCCAGACACUGAGCUGUUAAUCAAAAUAUAUUAUAUAACUUUUGCUGCUUACUGUUUUUGCAUUUACAUUAUUCUUCUUCUCUAUUUUUUGGCUUUUCUUGAAUAUCCCAUAAUCAUGUCUUCGGGUCCUGCCCAUAGAGUGCAAUCAGCGGUAGUAGAGUAUGGAUUUCCCCAGGGUCAUCUUGGCCAUCUUACAACAGAGGAAGAAGCUGCUUUAAACAACUUCAAAGUAUUAUGUACAGAGAAGGGUUUGUACAAGCCUGGAAAUGGAAUUGAUCAACCAGCAUCACACGAAGAUGCUACACUUCUGUACGUUUCCGUUUUGUUUCCAUAUUUUCCACAGCCGCUCUAACAACUCACUAGACGAUUUCUUCGGGCGCGUCGGUUUAUUGUAGCAGAUGCUUUUAAACAGUUUUCCGACACUGAGCAAUGGCGGGAAGAUAAUGAGUUGGAUCAAUUGUACGAGACUAUCGAUUUAGAACAUUAUGAAGAGACGCGCAGACUUGUAAAGUCCCCUCUCUACAUUCAGUCGCAUCCAUACUAACCAUUGAAAUAUAGUACCCACAGUGGACAGGGCGACGCGACCGACGUGGUAUCCCUGUGUACGUUUUUGAAGUAUCUUAUCUGACCGGCAAACGAAUGGCAGCAUAUGAGAAAUCCGCUGUUGAUACACAUACAAAAUCCAAGCAAGAUGGCAAGACCUCUGGGAAGUUACUACGGUUGUUUGCUUUAUACGAGAACCUUACGCGAUUUGUCAUGCCUUUGUGCACAGUUCUCACGGACAGAGAAAAUCCUCGGACACCAAUAACACAAAGUAAUAACAUUGUCGAUAUAUCUGGAGUUGGGUUAAAACAAUUUUGGAAUCUGAGAACGCAUAUGCAAGAUGCAAGUACUUUGGCUACAGCACAUUACCCAGAAACUCUUGAUCGCAUUUUUGUAAGUUAUAGAUUAAUUGGGGAUUCGGUAAAUUCUCUAACUCUUACUGUCAGAUUAUUGGUGCUCCUAGUUUCUUUCCAACUGUUUGGGGUUGGGUUAAAAAAUGGUUCGAUCCAAUAACAACUUCUAAAAUCUUCAUUAUCAGCCACAACGAUGUAAAGUCAACUUUAGAGUCUUUUAUCGAGCCUAGAAACAUCCCCAAAAAGUAUGGGGGCGAGUUAGAAUUUGAGUUUGGGGAUAUGCCUACCUUAGAUCCAGCUUUAGAAGCCGUUGCCACCUGGAAUGGAACUGGCACUCGGGCAUUUCCUGGUGGGCCUCUGUACUGGGUAAAUACGAAAGAUCAAGAGUCUAUUCAAGCAAUUGCAGUUGGAAGUAUUGAAAAGAAGCAGAGGAGAGAAGAAGUAUGCAAAGUCAAAAAGGCUAUCAAGGACAGCGACAAUAUGGGGACAAUCGCAACAGAUGCCACCACAGAAACCGAAUUACCAAUUAGCGCAGAAUUACUCGAAGUACCCACAGCAGCUCCAUCAAUCAUGACUACAACUUCCGCAACCGAUUCCCCUAUGAAUCAGGAAAUUCCCAAAGAAGAAUCUGUAAUCCAAAAUGGACACUCAGUGUCCAGCACAAGACCCGAAUUAGAAACAUUUCACACGGCUCAAGAUGGAUUAAACAAUUUAUCAAUAACCGAACCAGCAGAAAAAGUCAUCGCAAACGGAUCACCAGAACCACAAAAAAUAACCACGACAAAUCAAUUAGAUCCAAACGUCAACCUAGAUGGAGCAGGCGAAUUAUCAAAAGCCCCAACUGAACAAGAAAGCAUACAUGAUGAAAUUCCGGAAUUGCCUGCUUCUCCCGUCGUUGCAUCGUUAGGAAAAGCCUCGGAUACUUCGAGUCUACCGACUGGAAGCGAGAAGGUAGAAGAAAAAAAGGAUAAGAGGAAGAGUUUAUUAGGGGGUUUAAAGGGGAAGUUGACGGGUCAUUGAGCUGGCUGAGGCUCUGGUCUCUUCUUUCUCUUUUUCUUUUUUCUUUCUUCCUUUACUUUCUUACUUUCUGGGAUAGGAAUGAGCAUUAAAUGAGUGAUUUGCAUAAGCGGAUAAUGAGAUGAGAUGAGAUGAGAUGAGAUGAGAUGAGAUGAGAUGAGAUGAGAUGAGAUGAGAUGAGAUGAGAGGAUAAUAGAAAGAUAGAUAUUUCAAAGGAUCUUGUAAAUUCUGCCAGAGGAUGAGAGAUAGGAAGGAAUGCAAGGGAAUGAAGGAAAGCCACGGGCGGGGUAAUGAAUACAUUGAAUGAGUGAAUGAAUGAAUGAAACGAAUGUUGAAGGUCAAGGUCAAGGUGAAAGUAAAUAGAUAACCUACCUACCUACCUACCUACCUCACUUACACGCGGUCAGUCAGUCAGUAGUUAGGAUAUUAACGA